CGCCAGGCAGGAAGAGACCCGCGUGUCCACAUCUCGGCGUAAAGACGGCGAGGACCCCGGCGGCGCCGAGGCUCUUCUGCUCCUCGAGGCCACGACCCUCAUCGCGAGGGAAGCGGCUACAGUGACACUCGUCCACAGUAUGACACGCCACCGGAACAUUCUUUUCACAAAAACAAGAGCGACCCCCCCCCCUCCCCCCUUCAAAAAAGCCGGGGUCAAAGUUCACAGGAAGCUGGGGGGCUGCCAUUUUUUUCCCCUGCUGCUACUGCUAACGUCUAACGUUCGAUGCUAAAGCGACGCGGAGGUGCGGUUGGUGUUUCACAUUCGUGUAGCGAGCUGGACUCCGUCCGAUCCGAGGCGCCGCGCACCAUCCGCCACUCCUCCGACCGCUGUCGCCAACAACCGUCGCCAUUGGAUGAAUUCGGCAUGGAGAAAGUAGCGGAGCCGUCUUGGACUUCUUCGUACACCUACCAGGUGAGCAAGCACAGUGCGGAGAUGCUGCACAACCUCAACGCUCAGAGGGAAGAUGGAGGCAGGUUCUGCGACGUGGUGCUGCGCGUCGGCGAGGAGAGCUUCCCUGCCCACCGGGCGGUGUUGGCCGCCUGCAGCGAGUACUUCGAGUCGGUGUUCGGCCGCCAGGCGGAGGAGGGCGACGGCGACGCCAGGGAGAUGGAGAUGCACACGAUCAGCCCCAAAGUUUUCAGAGACAUCCUGGACUUCGCCUACACCUCCAGGCUCGUGGUGCGACUCGAGUGCUUCCCGGAGCUGAUGACGGCGGCCAAGUUCCUGCUGAUGCGGUCGGUCAUCGAGAUCUGCCAGGAGGUCAUCAAACAGUCCAACGUGCAGAUCCUCGUGCCCACCUCCCGCGGAGCGGACGCCAGCCUGUUCCAGGCCACGGCGGCCACGGAGCUGGGUUUCCCGGUGGCACAGCAGGAUCUCGUGAACGGCACGGGGAUGCUGCUGAACGGACAGGGCUUCGCCGACAGUGCGCAGAUGCACACGGACGGAGGCGAAGCCGCCGCCGCCGCCGUGUUGCUGGAGGACGGCGGCGGCGGCGAGUCGUCGAUGCCGAUACUGGAGCCCGUCGACGGACUGCCCGCGUCCCCGCCGCCGGAGUUCGCGGGGGCCACGCUCCAUCACGACGCCGGCUCCCCGGGCUCCAAGAGGAGCCGGGGCCGGCCGAAGAAGGCGGGCGGCGCGGCGGAGGCGGUGCACUUCCACCACAGCACCCCCCAGAAAGACAACGGGCUGUUUCCGUGCGGGACUUGCGGCAAAGCCUUCACGGAAGCCUCCCGCCUGAAGAACCACGAAGCGCAGCACGGAGCCUCCUCCGGCGUGCACAGCGUCGCCGUCAGCCUGUCGCCGGCGGGCGGCAUGGCGCUCAUGUCGCACGCCGGUCUGGUGGGGAACGGCCUGCAGCUGCACGGGGGGCUGGCGCUGGACAACGGCCGCAAGCGGGAGAGGACCCGGCGGCACGUCGGCUGCGACAUCUGCGGGAAGGUGUUCCGCGACGUCUACCACCUGAACCGACACAAGCUCUCGCACUCCGGGGAGAAGCCGUACGCGUGCCAUGUGUGCGGGCUCCGGUUCAAGCGCAAGGACAGGAUGUCGUACCACGUGCGCUCCCACGACGGGUCCGUCGGGAAACCGUACGUGUGCCAGAGCUGCGGGAAAGGGUUCUCCAGACCCGAUCACCUGAAUGGACAUAUCAAACAAGUUCACACAACAGAGAGACCCCACAAGUGCCAGAUUUGUAACGCCUCUUUUGCCACAAGAGAUCGCCUUCGGUCACACCUUGCAUGCCACGAGGACAAAAUCCCCUGCAAAGUUUGUGGCAAGUUCCUGCGUGCUGCCUACAUGACGGACCACCUCAAGAAACACAGUGAAGGAACGCAUAACUACUGUGGCAUUUGCAACAAAGGUUUCUCCACUGCGUCCUACCUUAAGGUGCAUAUAAAGACACACCAUGGCUCUCCACUGCCCCCCUCUGCCACAAUGCACACCUUCCCUGAGCCAAGGGGGGGACUGCAGAUGCACAACGGCACCCCUUACCACAUGGGACGCCAGUGCUCAGUGGAAGACCUGUGCGCCAGUCGCCAGCUGCUUCUCACCUCGUCUGAGGCAGAGGGUCACUUUCAUGGGCUCUCUGGACACCCAGUUCUUCCCCAGCCUGGCCCUCCAGCCUUGGGCCUGCAGCCUGAGCUGCUCAUGGGGAAGCCAGGGGGGGCUCCAUUUUUCUGGGAGUGUCGCUCUGGCGGGUUGCCUGGCUUCCCCGUCCAUGGGCCUGUUUCAGACGGACAGGAAAAUGAUGAGAAAUGUCCUCAUCUGGAAUCAGAAGAAUCAGACCCUUCAUUUGGAGAAUUGCCCCACAUUGACGAUGAUAAAUCUCCAAACAAACCCGAUAGGCCGGAGCUUGAGAUGCCCUCUUUAUCCUGCAAUGGAGCCUCCGCAGGGGCAUUGGGGUCCCCUGAGGGGUCCAAAGCCAAGACGGACCCUGAGAAGAAGUUUGCCUGCGGUAUCUGCGGUCAGGCCUUCCGCACAAAGUCCUACCUCAACAAGCACCAGCACAGAGUUCACAAAGGCCAGAAAGCCCAGGCGAUUUCAGGGUCUAGCUUAAGUGAGCCGGCCCCAUCCCUGACCUCUCCCUUCUCCCCUCAACAAAACAUGUCUCUGCUCGAAUCCUUUGGUUUUCAGAUUGUCCAAUCCGCGUUUGCCUCUUCACUGGUAGAUGCUGAGGCCGGACAAAGUGGACUCGACUUUGGAGGAAAGUGACAUGUUUGCUAGAGUUGUAACAAAUCUUCUCACUUGUUGGACAAAGCCGGGCUUCCCGCAGAAGAUGCUCUGUAUUUGGGAAUAACUUUGCCUCAAGACAACUUUUCUGUUUGUUUCCUUGAUUAAUGUGUAUCCAAUAUUUUUGUCAGAGACUGCCAUACAAUUCUUACUUUUUCUACUUUUUCAGUAUGAAAGUAUGAAAAGUGUACGGCGUGUAAAUUUUCUUUGUAAAGAAAUGACAUGAAGGUUUUAUUUCCUUUAUCUGACAUGGGUCUGUUGAAGUUAUGUUUAGUAGGCUUUCGGUUGUUUCUGUCUUGUGUGUUAAUCUUGGCUGCACAUAUGUUGCUGACAUGAGGUGAAUUAUUUACUGCAUUAUUCAAAUGAGAUUUGUCUGUUGGCCCAGUUUAACUGCUCUGAAUCAACCCGUGGCCAUUACAACAGUUUUUAAUGUUUCAUAAUCCUUGUUACCCUAAUAGCUGUAAGCGGAUGUCUUUACCUCAGAGCAACAAGAGGGCUGAGAUCUGUAUGUAUGUUGUUCUUUUGAUAUGGAUUUUUCUUCAGAACAGGGAUUUGAAUUGGCCUCAAUUUUGAUAGGUGGUUUUGCUUGGAAUCUGUUGAUUGCAAAUAUUCCUAACAGGCCCACGGCAUAUUUCAUUACACAUGAUAAGCAACAACUUUGUGCAAAAAGUCAGUAAAAAGGACAUUGAGUAGCACUGACAGUUGUCAAGGACCUUUAGGAAUUAUUAUUGACGGGAUUGUAGUUUACAACUGGACGUUCACAAGCACUUUAAAAAAAAAAAAAAGUAUUGUCAAGACUUUAAAUUUUAUUUGUUACAACAUCCACACAAAGCACAUUUGGCUCCUUAAAACCUGGCAAAAGUAAUAGCGACUAUUAAAAAAUGAAUUAAGCUACCUCAUGGAAGAUAUUAAGACCACAGUGCUUUGUUGAUCAUAGCUUAAUCAAUCUUAAUCUUAAUAUCAUUAGAUUUAUAGAAAAAACAGUCAUUCUAUUAAAAAAUGAAGUGUGUGAAGACCCAAUAGCACCAAAGCUUUGUAAUUCUUUCAAUGUUUUGAAGAUCCUUGCAGUUACACUGAUAGAACGAGCUGUUUGAGGACCACAGUGUUUGUGAACCUUAGGCAAAAAGCAGAGUUGGUACAUUUAUGACAGCUGACACGAUGUGCUACUGGCAGCUCAGGUGGAUGUGAAAAGCCCUUUAUCUUUUUUUUUUUUUUUUUUUGAUGAUUGGUAAAAUUAAUUAUUCAAAUGAAUAAUUACAAACACAAGGAGAGGAAAGCCAUUUAUUAUUGUGAUCUAUGCUAUGUACAGGAAUGCUUUUGAAAUGAAAUAGUUUUUUUCUAUCAAGUCAAUUUAAAUUUUGAUUUAAAAAAAUUGGUCUUGAAACAUGCCUUGAGCUUGUUGGGACCGCCCCACCCCCCACAACGUUUCCAAGUAUUGUUUGUUAGUUAUUAAAUCAGUCGUGUACAGUAAACAGGGACCAAGGUCAGGUAUAUUUUCAGUAUAUAUUUUGAGAAAUGUAAAUUAUAUUUUAUUAACUUAUUCAUGCCCUUGUUUUGUGUACAGUUUUUUAUUUUUAAUUGUCAAACAAAAAUCUUGUGAUUUGCUUAUUUUGAUAAUUUUUCACUGUAAAUUAUGGUAAAUUGUGUUUUGUGUGUGAGUGUGUGUGUGUCUGUGUGUGUGUGUGUUUAGCAGCAGUUAAGGGAUUAGAGGAAAGAUUCACACCCUUAUCCACCAGCCUCUGGACCGACCAAACGUAAUGCAACUUUAACAGUCAGUAAUUAAGCUCACUUCAAUUCUCCACUGUUUCUUAAUCAGCCACACGUCUUGUAUUGAUAACCCCUCUGUCAGUGACCCACAGGGAGUUGCUUGUUCUGUCGUGUAGAUGAUACAACUUGUGUUUGAACUAAUGGCUGCUCAUUUAAGGCACAAGUGAUCCACCUUGUUGUCUUGCAGUGAAAGUGUGUUUAAUCCAAACUGUACCAUCAUUUUUGUUACGCCCUAAAUAACUCGAUGCGAUGUUAUUGGUUAAAGGAAGUUGUAUACAAAGAGUUCAAUUCAGCUUUGGUCUGCAACUAACGAUUAUCUUCAUUAUCUGCCGAUUGUUGUUGAAUCAAAAUGUCCUUAUUUUUUUUUUUAAAUAAAAAAAGGACAAAAUAAAAUUAAAAGACUUAAAGUAUGCUUUGUCUGACCAACAGUCCAAAUCCCAAAGAUAUUCACUUUACUGUCCUCUUUGAAGCAGCAGCAAACUCACUGCAGAAGUUGAGACCAGACAAUAUUUGGCCUCUUAAUUUUUCAUUUGAUCGACUAAUCAUUUUAAUGGACUAAUCAAUGCAAGUUAAGGGAAUAAUCUUAUCCGACAUAAACUCUUCAGUCAUGACACACAGUCCUCCCACUUGGGUCUUGUACGUGCCAGAACGUAGAUCGACAAUAUGUUGAAAUAACAGAAUUGCGAAGUACACAUUAUGAAAUUUGAUAAGGACGCAUACAAAACACUCCUCAUCAGUUGAUUAGUUUAUCUCAUGUUAAAUUUUGUCUCUUUUUGUUGUUAAACUUCCAAAAGUUGUGUGUGUGUGUGUGUGUGUGUGUGUGUGUGUGUGUGUGUGUGUGUGUGUGUGUGUGUGUGUGUGUGUGUGUGUGUGUGUGUGUGUGUGUGUG